AUUGAUAGCGCGUUUGCAAGCACCCUGAGGCUUUCGUCCUCGGGCGAUAAGCUGAAGGCUCUCGCUCGCAAUCUUACGGACACCGGUUUGGUUAACUUUUGCUGCGUGUACCUCGUGCACCCUGCCAGAGGCACGUUUGGCAUCGCCGCGCUCAGCGGAGCCGGCUCGGAGCUGUACCCACCGAUGCUCACAGGAAAAGAAGCGCAGAGAGCCGUCGGGUUGAGCGACUUCGGAUCGCCAUCCCCCCUCAACGUUUUCACACGCUGUGUCUUCCAGGUGAGGGACUGCAACUGGUGCGUGGAAGACGUGGUGGGCAGCAAGGCACCCUGGUACUACGACUGCGCGUCCGCGGCAAACGGCUUCGGCCUACCCCAGGACGGCGGCUGGCUGCGGUGCGCCGGCAUGCGGUCCGUGCUGGCGCUGCCGUGCAUGCAGGGCGCCGACGUCACGGGCGUGCUGACCGUGGCUUCCAAACAGAAGAGCCUCGACCAUCUGCUCCUGAGGAAGCUGGAGGAGCUGUGUUUCAAGAUCACCCCUGUCGUAACUGAUGCCGUACUGGAGUUUUCGUCGCUGCUGUGUAACCGCCAAGCGGCAUCCCGCUACGAGUCCGUGAGUGAUUUCGCGCACGAGGUCCUCGGAGAGUUGCUUAAUUUGGAUCGCGCCGUGGCGGCGUCCAUCGUCUGCCGCUCCACUGCCGAAGGUGGUGCCGUACACCGCGGCUCCGCCAGCGCAUCCAAGCAGCAGCAGCAGCAGCAGCAGCGGCGGCCGCUGGCAGCGGCGGCAGCAGCCGAGGGACUCGGGCAAGGGCAGCAAUCCGGUGCACGCGGGGCUUGCAGGAAGGCGGCGGAGGAAAGGUCGGUUUUCGACGCGGCGGCGGCUGUGGCCGCCGCGGCGGCGGCAGGGUUUUCCUGGACGGUGCCGACAGCGGCGGCGGCGGCGGAGCCGGUGACUCCCACGUUGCGGCACGUUACCAACCAGCAGCAGCAGCAGCAGCAGCUGGACUGCCCCUCCGCCCAUUCCUUCCUCCUGACGGACACGUUCUGUACGGCGAUGACCGACAUUGCGCCGUACGCUGUGGUGCUGACCUCCGACCUCGCGGUGUCGGUGCCAGAGGUGCCGGAGGUAUCCUCCGCAGCGGCAGCCUCUACAAGUGCCGUACCCUCCGCGUCAGCGCGGCCGACGCCGCCGCCAUCCCACAGCGCAUUGGUGAUGCCGGACAACGGCUGGAUCCGGGUGCCGUACGUCAGUACGUCAAGGUCCCUUCCGGAUCGCAGUCCCCCGGCGGCGGCGGUAGACUAUCUCCGUGGUGUGGAGGCAGCGCCGCCGCCGCCGCCCCGCCACCACCCCCACCACCAUUAUCACCAUCACCAUCAGCAGCAGCAGGUCCAGCAGCCAGUCAGUGGCGCCACAACUGCCACCGCCGCCGCCGCCGCCGCUGCUGUACCCGCCAGCGACCGGAAUGCCUCCCGCAGCACGAGGAGCCUCUCGUGUUUGGAGUUCAGUGGCGGCGUCAGCGAGGCCGCGGGGCGCGAGGAGUCCACCACCGACAGUGUCAGUGGCGGGAUGAUGUUGCAGUCCAAGGCAGCGACGGCGGGGCCAGCCGCCGCCGCCGCCGCCACCACGGAAAGUGCCGUCAAGGUUGCCGCCGUCGAGGCUUCCCUGGCCCUUUCCCGCGCUCGAUCACCAGCUCACUCUAUGGUGGUGGAGUCUAACCGUAGUUCCGAAUCAGGUUGCGCUGAGGUGCCGUACAUGAUCGAGUCGCGAUCCACGGAAGAUCUGGCGGCGGCGCUGCGUUGCGACGGCAACGGUGGCGGCGGCAACGUUGAGAAUGUGCAGAAAGCACCAGCAUUCCACAAUAGUUCUAAGAACAUGGAGAGCCGCAUCAUGCUGCGAGGAGCGCCUUUGGAACGCAGCGUUGGUGCCAGUGGCGGCGGCGGCGGCGCCGCCGCCGCUGCUCAUGUCGGCCGGACAUCGCAGGAGCCGUCGGAUGAAGCAGCGGCGGCGGCUAGCCUGAUGAUGGCUCACGGCAGUAGCUGCGGUACGGAUUAUUCAAAUAUGAUGGCUGUCGACGCGAUGCUUCGAUACACUAACAGCAGUCGUAACACGAACACGUGCAUCUACGGCGGCGGCAGCAGUACGGCGCGGCUGUCGGGGGCUUGGGGUAGCCAGUGCGCUGGCGGCAGCGCCGUCGGCGGCGACUUGAGUGAAGUACGGACGUCGUUGCGCGGCGGCGGAGCCCGCGGCCGUUGGAGCCGCGAUAGUGCCGCCGCCGCGGCGGCAGUUUGGAGCAACGAGGCGGCGGAGGCGUUUGCCGCCGCACUGCGGUUUACGAGAACGCACGGCGCGCCGACGGCAUCGCGUUGCAGCGGCGGCGGAGCCAGCGCAUCGGCAGCUGAACCACCGUCGUGGAGGGCGCAAGCCGGCGGGGCAGUAGCGAACGGACGGACGAUGCUGACGCCGGGUCUCCGGUACGGCAGCUGCGCUUCUACGGCACCCGCGCUUGGCGACCUGUACGGCAUUAACGAAUCGGGGCCGGUCCCGGCGCUGCAAUGGAGUCUUGAGUUCAGCGACGACGGCAGCGUGGCUGUAGUGGAUAUUCCGUCGCCGCGCGGCGGUAGCAGCGGCGACGUCAACGGCAUCAACACUGGCGGCGGCGGCGGCGGCGCGUUUGUGGUGAGCAGCGGUCUCGGAGCGGAAGCUCUCCGCCUCUAUGGGGAGCGGUACGCGGGUUGCAGCAGCGGCAGUGACGCCGUACCCGUCUGCGGGGCCCCCACUGUAACUGCACGGCACGCCCUACUGGCUGUACGCAACACAGGCGCCCGUCCACCACCGAUAGAAUGGGGUGGUCGGGGCCCACGCUGUCCCAGCUGCGCCGGGGCACGGCGAGCUCCGCAAAGCCCUGUGCUGCAAGUCGACGGCACCGCAUGCGGGCUCUCGCGGCCUCCAGCGGGGCUGCCGGGGCCUCGGGCGCGGGGUCUGGAUUGCGGGUUGUGGGACCCGCAGUCCAGCCCGUGCACUUUCCAUAUCGGACAGCGCCGCGAGGCUGAUCCCGUCCCAUACGCACUGCUGCACCCCUGCUGGUGCUUCUACGCGCUACACGCUGCUCCGCUCUGGUUUCGCGGCGGACCAGCUGUAGACCAGGCGGAGGGAGCCGACAAGGCGUUACCCGCAAUGGUGCGGUACUUUGCGUAUAUGCCGUACAUGCACGCGGAGGACCUGGAGGCGCAGGAGCGCGGCGUCCAGCUAUUUCGGGUCGCGGCGGAGACGACGGAAGCAGCCGGACCGGCCGCCGCCGCGGCGGCAAAGGCGCUGCGCAAUGCGCUGUCGUACAUGGAGGCGCAUCGCAAUGUGGUGGCGGCAUGGGGCCGCUUUCCCCACCGCAACACGGUGCUUGGUCGUACCAGUACGGCAGAGGAGCUGGCGGGACUUGCGGAUGGUAGCAUCGCCAAGUUCUGA